AUGGGGACUCACAUACCUCCGUCGUCCGCCUCAUCGUCGCGGCGGACAAUACGAAGGCCGCCCACCCACCUCCUCCUCCUCGCCCUUCUCUCCCUGACCGGGCCCGUCGUCGCCUCGCCGUACCCCAGAGGCGACAUCCUCCACGACGCCCGCUACGCCUACCUCCUCGGCCGGACGUGCGCCAGCUUCUGCGGUGAGAACGGCCAGUACUGCUGCGGCGGCGGCGAGCACUGCACGACGCUGUCCAACAACGUCGCCACCUGCGUUGCCGACGGCGCCAUCGCCUCGCCCCUCUACACCACCACCUGGACCGAGACGCGCACCUACACCAGCACCGUCCUGACCUGGUUCCUGCCGCCCCCCGCGCCCACCGCCGGCGUCGACUGCGUGCCCCAGCGGCCCGAGUGGGAGGCCUGCGGCGAGAUUUGCUGCGCUGGCUGGCAGACAUGCGCCUACAAGGGCCAGUGCUCCGCCAAGCCCGGCUACGGCGAGCCCACGACCGUCAUCGUCACCAACAACGGCGUCGUCACCACCCAGUACUCGGCCCCCUACCGCGUGACCGGCACGACGACCAUUACCAACACUGGCGUCCGCUCCACCGAUGCCGGCAUCACUACGGGCACGCCCACCUCGACCAGCAGCACCCGCACGGCCACGGCCACGCAGGACCCGGACGGUGCUGCUGGCGGCGACGGCACUUCGGGCACGGCUAACAACAAACUCAGCGGCGGCGCUAUUGCCGGCAUCGUCAUUGGCUCUCUGGCCGCCGCCGGCCUCCUCAUCCUGCUCUGCUUCUGCUGCAUCGCCCGCGGCCUCUUCAACGCUGUCUUUGGCAAAAAUCGCGAAAAGGCCGAUCAUUACGAUGACCGCGGCACGUCGGUGUACUCGCGCCGCGAUCGUCACACUGGCUGGUUCGGCGGUGGCGGUGGCCGUCCCUCGUCCGUCAGCGACCGCCGCAGCGAAAAGAAGUCGAGCGGUGCCUGGUGGCUUGGCCUCGCCGGCGCUGCCGCCACCCUGCUGGCCCUGCUCAACAUUAAGAAGAAGAAGGAGGUCCCGCGCAAGACGCCCUCGCGCUACACCGACUCCUACUACAGCUACUCCGACUACACGGGCAUCACCCCCAGCAGCGCCAGCUCCGGUCGCAGGACCACCCGCACAGGACGCACCGCGCGCUCCGGCCGCUCCAGGACCAGCCGUGCUAGCCGCAGCAGGUUCGACAGCCGCAGUCGCGUCGACAGCCGGAGCCGCAUGGACAGUCGCAGCCGUAUAGACAGCCGCAUGGGAGUGACGAAAUCGGCCUAUACAGCCAGGUCCUCGUCUCGCCACGAUUAG